GAGGAAUAGAAUGCAGCAACUUAGAAAUCGUAUAAAUCCCCUGUUGUUUCCUGUAUGUAGUCCUCUACUAGAUUCAUUCAUUUCACAACUUUCUCCCCUGUUCAUCCGCACACUAUAGCAGUCUUUCUACAUCUGCUGCCAUCCGAUGUCUCGAUACGCAGCAGCUCACGCUAGUCCGCAGGGUGCAGGUGACUCUCGCCCAACCGCAUUACAGAUAGUCAAAGAUGAAGGAAUGGAAGGCAAACUGAAGGGUAAGGUGAUUGUUAUCACCGGAACCUCCUCCGGCAUUGGCAUUGAGACAGCUCGCGCUCUCUCCACCACAGGAGCGACGCUGUACCUGACCGCUAGAAAUGUCAUCAAAGCCAAGGCUGCCUUGGCAGACAUUCUUGAGCCAAGCCUUACAGAAUUUAUUGAAUUGGAUCUGGAAUCCUUCGACAGCGUACGUACCGCUGCGAGGACGAUCUUAGCAAAGACCGACAAGGUCAAUAUUCUGAUAAACAACGCUGGAAUCAUGGCAGUUCCAGAUCUUCAAUUCACUAAAGAUGGCCAUGAGUUGCAGUUUGGCACCAACCACCUCUCACAUUUCCUCCUUUUCCAACUAUUGAAGCCAGCGCUACUUGCUGCCAGUACCGCUGAGUUUCAUUCUCGAGUUGUUAAUGUGUCUUCCUCGGCCCACCGUCUCAACGGUAUCAAUGAAUCAGACAAUUAUGACUUUCAAAAAGGGGGAUAUAAUGCUUGGGUGUCCUACGGGCAAUCGAAAACGGCCAACAUAUACAUGGCCAGUGAGAUCGAGCGCCGCUACGGAUCUCGUGGGCUUCAUGCAACGAGUCUCCAUCCAGGUGGAAUUGCAACUGGCCUUUCGAAGUACAUUCCUGAAGCUGAGAUCGUGGCAAUGUUAGAGAAUGAGACCCUAAUCAAAACGUUGAAGAGCCCGGAACAAGGUGCUGCAACCACGGUGUGGGCUGCAAUUGGCAAGGAAUGGGAGAACAAGGGGGGCAAGUACCUCGCUAAUUGCGCUGAGACGAAUAGUGGCAACGAUGAUGGAAAUAUAUCUGGUACAGACUAUGUCAGUCACACCUACAAUGCAGAAAGCGAGGCCAGACUUUGGGAGGACUCUUUGAAGAUUGUGGGAUUGACUGAUGAUCAGUAAUGUGCAGGCCAAUAGGAAGAGACAGUUACGGAUUUUGUCAUCUAUGUAAAUGCUAACUUAACUAGUAUAGAGGAGGAUAGUCGUAUCAGAAAUCAUAAAAAGGGGUUAAGGUUCCGCCUGCCUUCU